UUCACGGUGUGUGUUUAAAUUUAUAUAUGCUAUGUUGAAAAAAAAGCUCGUUACAGGUGAAGCCCACUGAAAUGGUGGUCAUAAUGGUCUAUGAUCUCACUAGAAAGGUGAUGCACCCCUGACAACUAUUAUGACACCUCCAUCUGCUGUCAUCUCAAUGAACCCAAUCUGAGUAACACUUGACUUUCACUGGUAUGGUGCCAGUUGGAUAUAGCGUGAUCCAAUUGGAAAGAGUUUGAUAACAGCAACUACAAUCCUUUUGUGUAUUAACUUCAACUGUCAAUUACUGGAGUGAUGGAGAGAUGAAAUGGAAUUCUUCACAGAGAAACAACUCAACAGGUGCACAAGAGAAGUGCAGUAACUUGGAAAGAGAAUUGACCUGAGAAUUGCAUAGUGGAGGGGCAGAGUGAAGAUGGAUCAGUCAACUUCAUACAGAAGUGAUUUCUUCACAGGUAUAACAGAGGCCGUCAAUUCUAGCACGGGAUCUUCAAGACCCAGUCCCGCACAGCUCGGUGUGGAAGGUGGAUCACUACACAAGCUCCUUCGAUCUCGGGAGUAUAACCUCUUUGCUCAAUCUGCCGUCUUUGAAAGUGAUUUUAUUCAGGUGACUAGACGUGGAAAUCUUGUGGACAUCCACAACAUCCCAACACUCCUGACUUUAGGAAUAACUGCUUCUGUUCCAUUCUUACCACUUCCGAACAUCUUGAUCGUGGCCAGCAGAAAUCCUGAAUCCAAAGGGACGGAGGGAGAAGGAUAUAUGAAGAUAACCAGGAUGCUUCCCAUGAAAUUGGUCAGAUUGAGUGUGCAUGCAAAGGUCAGUCGCUGUUUAAAGCUGGUCCUGGCCAAUCGUAGCACAUUUUACCUCCAGCUACAGGACAAGCACCCUGGCCACGUCUUCAAGCUCUGGGAAGAACUUAUUCACAUAAUUUAUGCCGGACUCUCAAUAACAUUCAAAGAUGCCAAUAUCAACCUCCCCAAGUCCUCCCUGUGUGAUUCAAGGAGCUCCUCAACCUCAGUCAUUAGCUCUGAGAAAUUCACUUAUGAUGCACAGAAACCCGACCGUAACAUUCCCAUCAGGAGCAAUAUUACAGCAAAUACUAAAAUAGGAGUUUGGAAAAGAAACAAGAUGUUGGUUGGAAAGGAAACACAUGAUGGGUCUGAUGUUCCCAGUUCCGAAUCUUCAAGAUGCACAAUCAGAUCACAAUCAGUUUCCGGAAAGAAUAACGACAAAGUCUCCGUGAAAGAUUGUCAACAGGUCAGAAUGAUAAUAGAGCAUAUUUCUACCAGGGUCCCCGAUACUCAGGAGCCUCACAAAAUACGGACAAGAACUGAACAAUUGCUAGAUGUGAAAGAAGAAAGAAGCCCAGGAGACGAGUGGGAAGAGAUUAUUGAAAGAUGCUCCUGCGACCACUGUAAAACAUGCAAUCAAGUCUUGACACUACACACCCUGCCCUGUAAACAGAAGCAAAUUGGGACCGAAGGAGAAGAGGACGAAGAGGAAGGAGGAGGAGCAGAAGGAGAUCCUAACACCUUUGAGGCAGAAGAUGAAGACCGCACUUACUUUGGACUCUGGGAACGUGACAGACCAACAUUGAUGCCACUCUCCAGACUGAGUAGCCUCAUCGCUGUUGGACUGAGAUAACUUUAAAUUUACUUUUUUUUUUGGAAGGCAAAUUCUGUUUGAUUUAUAUUAAAGAAAAUCUUUGACUUAGAUAACAUAAUUACUUUUAAAUUACCUCCUUGAACAAUUUGAAUACUGGACAAUUUUUCCCAGUUUAUAAAGCAAUCACAUAUCACUAUACAGAGCUUGGGAAAUAGAAUAAAGUUGUGUGCACUCUAUCCAGGCAAACACAAUGAGACAGACAUACUAUGAGCAGGAUUAAAAAUAUACUUAUUGUUAGGAAGAGGAACAGAUCGGGUAGACACACAGUCUCUUGCCCAGAGAUGGGGAAUGAGAACCAGAGGCCAUACGUUUAUAUUGAAGGGGGAAAGAUUUUAUGGGAAUCCGAGGGGUAACUUUCUCACACAAAGGGUGGUCGUGAUUGGAACACGUUGCUGGAGGAGGUAAUUGAGGCAGGAACUAUCGCAAAGUUUAAGAAGCAAUUAGACAGGUACAUGGAUAGGACAGGUUUAGGGGCAUAUGGGCCAAAUGCAAGCAAGUAGGACCAGUGUAGACGGGACAUGUUGGUUGGUGCAGACAAGUUGGGCCGAAGGUAUGUUUCCACACUGUAUAAUAUUAUGAUAUAAACCCAUUAAAUACUACCAGGGCAGAAAAUGAAUAAAAAUAGCUUCCAAAUGUCCAUCAAAUCUCCUGAGACCAGAGCACAGCUAUUGUUCAACAUGCAGCACAAAUUUCUUCAAGACAUUUUGAUUGGCCUCCAUAACUUUGAUGUCUCCAAAUUGUCAUCGAAGGAUGCUCCUGUGAUCAUGGUAAAACAUGCAAUCAAGUCUUGACACUACACACCCUGCCCCAUAAACGGAAGCUGCCACAUGGGUGAACCUAAAAUGAAAUAUUCACAUCCCAUGUGUUCUCCCCAAACACUCACUCUUUCUACAGUUGUAUCAAACUGGUCGAAGACAAGUUCAUGUACGGAAACAUAAUAAAUCAUCUUCAUUUGCUCAUCCAACUCACCAAGCUAGAGAUGGCACAGCUAAAAUGUUGACUAAAUCUUACUUUAUAUUAUCGUAUUGAACAUUCUCUGGUCAUAGUGUUGUUGAUUCAGAGGUUUACAUUAUGGAAACAGGCACUGCUGCCCGUCUUAUCCAUGCUGUGCUUGUCACAUUUGCCUGCGUUUGGACCAUAGCCCUCUAAACUUUUCCUAUCCAUGUAUCUUUCCACGUAUUUUCUAAAAGUCAGUGUAUCCGCUUCUUUAGCUGCACUCCAGAUACAGACUCCUCUCUGAGUAAAAUGGUUGCUCUAGGGACCCCUUUUAAAUCUCUUUUCUCUUAACUUAAGCCUAUGAUUAAGCCCUCUACUGUUAGUCGUAUCCUCCACAUGGGAAAACGACUGAGUGGUCACCUGGGCUGACAGACCUUGGCUGGGAACCUGGGGGGUCACCAAAAUUGUUCCCAAUUGGGCCCCGCACCCCCUAAACUAAAGCCUGUCCCGCUGACUUACUCCAGCUUUUUGUGCCUAUCUUCGGCUGUGUGCAGUUCCUUCUUACACAUCUCUAUAGAGGGAGUGCAGAGACGGUUCACCAGACUGAUUCCUGGGAUGUCAGGACUGUCUUAUGAAGAAAGACUGGAUAGACUUGGUUUAUACUCUCUAGAAUUUAGAAGAUUGAGAGGGGAUCUUAUAGAAACUUACAAAAUUCUUAAGGGGUUGGACAGGCUAGAUGCAGGAAGAUUGUUCCCGAUGUUAGGGAAAUCCAGGACAAGGGGUCACAGCUUAAGGAUAAAGGGGAAACCCUUUAAAACCGAGAUGAGAAGAACUUUUUUCACGCAGAGAGUGGUGAAUCUCUGGAACUCUCUGCCACAGAGGGUAGUUGAGGCCACUUCAUUGGCUAUAUUUAAGAGGGAGUUAGAUGUGGCCCUUGUGGCUAAGGGGAUCAGGGGGUAUGGAGAGAAGGC